CAUCUAUGUAGAGAUAACCUUAUGGCCAAAGAUAAUACCAUAUCAGUCACUCGAAUUGAAGGAUCCACAACUCAUCUCACAUCAUUGAUUUACAAUUGCAAUCAUUUGCAGCUCAUCAUCCAUGAGCCGUACAUGCUACACCAAUAGAUCUCUGACUAGCAUACUUACCUACCUAAUGUUACUUCUUGCGUGAAGAUAAAGAAAGAGCUUGCAGUAAAAGUAGCAGCAGGCGAUAUGUUUUUACCCAAGGAAUGAAGAUCAAGAACAGUUACACAAUGGUGAAAUAUUACAGCAGUAGUUUUUUUUCUGGAUAAAUAAGUCAUAUAUAGUUCUCUCUGCCACAACAAAGAUAGAGAAGUGAAAUGAUCUUCUCGUCCAGGAAGAAUGGGAUUCUGCUCUGUAAAUACAGUAGUACAAUCUAGCCCCUGAGCCCACCAUGCAUCCUAACUAGACCAUCAUUGUACUUACUUGGACCACAAGCAACAGUAGUGGAUUAGAAAAGAAAAAAAAAAUCAUCACCCCUUCUCCUAUCCUAGAGGCUCCCCUCCUCCUACCACAACUAUUCCCUCUCCCAAUUCCACUAUUCACACUUUAGUAUACAAACAAUAUUGCAUCAGCAUCAUAAUCAACAUCAGCUUUCUAAUCAUGAUUAAGAUACAUUAAUGAUAUACUUACCCCCACUUGAUGGCGAUCUGGAUGAUAAGCGUGUAUCGAGGGCCCAAUGCAACCACGGGAUUAAUGCUGGUGGUGGGCAUUUGCAUUGCAUGGCCCAUUCUAAUCGCAUGCUUCUCGAGGGACCAGUACUACUUGCUUGGGCUCCUUAUCUAUCCCCACCCAAUCAAGGUUUAAUUAAUAUCGUACAUAAUACCGUCGAUAUACGAACCGAACCGUCGCUCCGCCACCGUAGAAAUACUUGCGCCACAGACCAUGUAAUCCUGUAGGAAAAAAGAAAUGGGUUUUCAACUAGAAUCACCAAAGCAAAGCUUCACAUCACACCGUGUCCUCAUCUCCACGAAAACCCAUAAUCUCUAGGUCCCAUGUUAUGCUGUUGCGUAAAUUUACUAGAUCGAAGAAGCCAAUUGUACGUAAUAAAGUUAGCAAUAAUGAAGAGGAUAAGAUGGUAGAGACCCAUUCAGGGUAAGUGAGUAAGGGAGAGUAGAGGAUAAGUUAGGAGCCAAUAACAAUUAUGUGAUGAUUAUGAUGAUGGAUGGAUGAAUGGAUGCAAGGCCACAAGUAGAAGGUCGACAUCACUCUUGCAGGAGAGAAGUAGUAGUAGUAGUAAUAAUAACAACAAUGCCCUACCAGCGCAAAGUUUAUGGAUUACCAGCCAAGUUCAGCAUUUGUCACAUCAACUGGCGAGGCCAUAAAGGUAGUGAGGAGAAUUCACAAAGGCUAUAGAUACUAGUCAGGCUAACUGAUUCAACUAUUCAUAGCUUAUAUAGUGUCCAACUUAUAUAUGUAACUUAUUAUGUAUUGUAAUUCUAGGGUUACAUAAUAAUAACGAAUUGUAAAAUUUCUAUUCCAAUCCAGCUAUGGUGAUUACAACCCUUUUGCGAGCAGUGGCGGACCUAGUAAAGGGCAGGGUGUGUCGUCCGACACACCCUCGCCCGUAAAUUUUGUGAAGUAUCUAUAUAUUUUUGGUACAUUUUUUUUAAUUCGGGACUUACGACACACCUUAAAUAAUUGUGAGCGACACACCUUCAUUAUAUGAGAAUGAUUUUUUGUUAUAAAGUUAUUUAUCUUAAUUAGUAAUACACAAUAAUAAGUAAAUUCAAAUAAGUAUGCUUGUUUUAGAGUAACCCACACCACAACCUAGGGAUCGCAAUAUGACGGGUUUACCUAAAUCAACCUCAUCCCCAUUUCCAAAUAUUCAAACUCAUACUCGUCUCAUACCCAUGCAGUGGAAGGUCUUACAAACUCAUCAUCAUACCCGCGCUUUUCGGAUACCCAUGGGUAAUAUCGCCCCAACAACUACUCACCAUUAAUAAAAGAAUAUGGUGACAAAUAUGGAUACUACCCACCCAAAAUUAAGGAACUAAUAUAUAAGAGGAUGAAAUUACGGUUUGGUUGUCAUCAAUUACAUUUGAACACUUUAUUUUUUCUUUUAAUUACCAUUCAUUCGACUGACAAGUUACAAUACAUUCCUUAUAUUUUAUGUAUAUAACAUAAUAUCAUUGGUUGGCGGGUUUGGGUAUGGGUAUGGGGCGGGAGAGUCAAAAACCAUACCCAACCCAUACCCAUCAACCUUUUUGAGGGUUUUAUCCAUACCCGCCCCAUACCCAGUCAACGCAAGGAUUCCUGCGUUGAUAGGGUCGGAGGAGGCAGGUACCCCCGACCAUGGGUUUGGUUGUCAUCCCUACCACAACCCAACAAUGGAAAAAAUAAACAUAACUCCAUCCAUUGAAACUCACCGUUUCCACCCCUUGACCCUUCCUUUAUUGAAAAUAAAAAACUCACCCUUACCCCGUUUUAGUUUCUAAUUACUGAGAGCCACUACCACAUCUCCCUUUUCUUUUACCCUUUAGUUUUACUUGCUUUUGGAAGUUGGUGUUGACUAUACAUGUUGCAAUUGAAAGUUGCGAAAGAUUUCAGCUAUGAAGAUAAUCAAGAAUGAACUUUGAAGUCGGUUGAGUGACCGAUUUAUGAAUCAUUGAUUAGUUGUGUAUAUGGAAAAGGAUUUGCUUCGCAACAUAAGCAAUGAAUGUAUUUACAGGCAUUUCUAGUAAACAUGAACUUUAUGA